GGCUUAUUUCCCCUCCCUGUCGGACUUCUAUCAUCUACCCAUUCUCCUCGAUUCAGACAAUAUGGCCCCCUCAAUCACCAUCGAUACAACCGACGACUUCAGCCCGUCUUUCGCGCCAAAGACGGAGCAGAAGCGCAGUCUCCUCCUGGCCCCGCCAUCGAUCGCCGCCCACGAGGAAAAAUUACGGGAUGUCUUCACCACGUUCGACCGCUCCACCACCGACCUGCAGAUGCUGGACCGGGUGUCGGCCGGGUUUGUGUCGCUUCCCGCCGAUACAUACGAUGUGGUCAUGGUUUUGACGGACAGCACCGGCGAGCGACGCGGGGAGGCCCUCCAACUUCUCAGCAGAGAUGUAUACAGUGUAUUGGUGCCGGCGAUGAAGUCUGGCGCGAAACUACAGCUGCAGGACGGUCGCAUGGAUGCGACGCAGGGUUUGGAGGCGAUUCUGGCGGGUUUGGUCGAGAAGGAUGGUGCGUUUGAGAAGCCGGCGUACCAGGAGGCUGCUGUGCCUCUGCGGUUUGGGAAGAAGAAGAAGGAGGACGAGAGUGCGGCGAAGGCGAACACAGUUUCUUUGGAUGAUGUUCAGGAUGGAGAUGAGUUGAUUGAUGAGGACGCGUUGCUGUCUGAUGAGGAUCUGAAGAGGCCCCUUCCCUCAGCGGCGAACUGCCAACCAGAGACUGCGAAGAAGCGACGACGUCCCUGCAAGGACUGCACGUGCGGACUGGCCGACCAGAUCGAGCAGGAAGACAAACAGCGCGUGGAGAAGUCGGACCAAGAUCUAAACGUCCUCAAGUUCAACACAGCCGAUCUGAACGACGAGGUGGACUUCACAGUGCAGGGGAAGACGGGGUCGUGCAACAGUUGCUCGCUGGGAGACGCGUUCCGAUGCGACAGUUGCCCGUACAUCGGGUUGCCGGCGUUCAAGCCGGGUGAGGAGGUGAAGAUAUUGAAUGAUGUGGUACAGCUGUGAGCAAGGAGCAAUCCUGGCUAUGAUUUCAUAUUUUACGACUGCGACGCACCUGCCGAUCGAUCUCGGGUUAUACUUGAAGGCAUAAAAUACAUCUUAAUGGUCACUUCGUGAUGGUACAAGAUUAUGAGUUUAUUAUUUUACAGCAUUGUUUCGUCUCAUCCUCAUCUUGCUUUAGAAUUUUUUUGCAAUCAAC